AUGGUGUCCGAUAUAAAUCAACUUGUGGAGUACGUUGGCGCCAUGAGGCUGGUCACGUAUUUCAAUGUCUCCGCGGCGGCGAUGUUGGUGUAUGACUAUUUCUUGACAUUGGGGAUGGAGGUGGAUUUGGUAUGGUUGUCAGCGUGGGGCCCCAUGAAGGUCUUGUUCAUUGUUCAGCGAUACCUUCCCUUUAUAGAUGCAGCUACCUUCAGCCUUAUCAACCAGUUAUUGACGACGAUUAACCCGUCGGUCUGCAAGAAAAUUGCGAACGCUCAGGCUGUGCUCAGCGUCACUGGUUGUAUUCUAUCCGAACUCAUUCUAACACUACGCGUAUGGGCAGUGUGGAAACGAAGCAAGUUUUUAGGAAUCGCGCUAUCAAUACUUCUCCUUGCCACUGCGGCUGCAUGCUACGUUUUCACUGGUCUUUUUCAACAUGGCCUAAAAUUGAGCAAUAGACCAUAUCCCGAAUUUCAAGGGUGUUUUAUUACGGGCACAAAUCGGUUGUUAUAUGUAGAUUGGCUCGCUUUGAUGGUAUAUGACUCACUUCUCCUCAUCCUGAUGAUCAUCCCCGGAAUCACUGCCUACCGAGAGCAAGGGAAUGAAGGCCUCCAUGCGGUUGUCUAUCGCGAUGGCGUCGUGUUUUAUGUCUAUCUCUUUGGUAAAAUGAAAUCGACAGCGUGCUUGAUGAUGCCGUCCUUACCAUACAUACUCAUGCAGUCAUAUCCGCUACUAACGUAA